GCGACGUCACCGAGGCGGAAGACGGCGGCGAGAAGCCGGCGGCGGUGCAUUCCCGGAUCGACAGCGGGAACGAGACGGGUGGUGGGUGGAGGAUUGACCGCGCUCAUCGCCACGAAGCGAGCAAUGGAGCUGCCGCUGUCGCUACUGCUGGCGGUCGUGCUGGCAGCGGGGGCCGCGAGAGGCGCCCCAGCAGCGGACGCGGUGAAGGGGCUGCCCGGGCUGGAGCCGCAGCCCGCGUUCGCGCACUACUCGGGAUUCCUGAGCGGGGGCCACGGAGCGCACCUACACUACUGGUUCGUGGAGUCGGCGCGCAACCCAGCGAGCGACCCUGUGGUUCUGUGGCUGAAUGGCGGGCCCGGCUGCAGCUCCAUCGACGGUUUCCUGUCCGAGAAUGGGCCCUUCCACGUGAACGAUGACGGGCGGACUCUGUACUACAACAACGACAGUUGGAACCAGGUGGCCAACAUCCUGUACCUCGAGUCUCCCGCUGGCGUGGGAUUCUCCUUCUCCGACGACAAGAACUACACCAUCGACGACGACCAGGUGGCCGACCGGAACUACGCGGCUCUCCAGGACUUCUUUGCUAAGUUCCCCGAGUUCUCGGGCAACGAUUUCUUUAUUUUUGGGGAGAGCUACGGAGGCAUCUACGUGCCAACCCUGAGCCUGCGCGUCACGACGGGCGCCGCCAAAAUCAACUUCAAGGGGUUCGCGGUGGGAAACGGCCUCUCGAGCUACGCCAUCAACGACCAAUCGCUCGUCUACUUCGCCUACUACCACGGCCUGUUGGGAGAAUCGCUGUGGGCAGACCUCAACAGCUACUGCUGCAGCGGCGCCAAGUGUAACUUCUACAACAGCUCCUCCAGCGACUGCAAGGAGGCGGUUAUGCGGACGUUCCACAUCGUGUACGAGAUCGGCCUCAACGUCUACGCCCUGUACCUGGACUGCGCGGGCGGCAUUGGCCCUCACAGCGCUCGCUACCGCGCCGACAUGAGCCACCUCUUCCGCGCCUACAGCCCCGUGCUGCCCCUGCUGCCGCCGCAUCAUCAGUCGGCUGCUCCGGGAGGAGGCCUCCGGGGCGUCCCGCCCUGCCUCAACGGCACUGGCGAGACCAACUGGAUCAAUCAGCGGAGCGUGCGUGCUGCCCUGCACAUCCCAGAUGGCGUGCAGGCCUGGCAGUUCUGCAGCGACGUGGUCGGCGCCAACUACGUGCGCGUCUACAGCGACAUGUUCGACGUCUACCAGAAGCUGCUGGGCCACGGCCUGCGGGGGCUCGUCUACAACGGAGACACCGACAUGGCCUGCAACUUCCUGGGCGACAAGUGGUUUGUGGAAAGCCUGCAGAGGAAGAAACUGGCGGCUCAGCGGGCUUGGAUCGUCGACGACCAGAUCGCGGGAUUUUGUCACGAAUACGAUGGCAUCACCUUCCUCACCGUCAAGGGAGCGGGACACAUGGUGCCACAGUGGGCUCCGCGGGCCUCCUUCAAAAUGUUCCAGUCGUUCAUCGCAAACAAGCCCCUGUGAUGAGCGGCACCCGCACCGUCGACAGAAACCAGCACUCGUAUUCCCACAGAGAGCCUUGUCCUGUACUGAGUUUGCACAUUUCCCAGCAGUCAGUUAUGUUCGGUAAAAGUCAGUUGGCUGGGUUUGGCCACAACUGGCUGUUGGAGAUGUGUAGUUAACAUCCCGCCACUGUGAGUGCCACGGUGACGAGAUGUUAACUACCUCGCUUGGUAUGCAGGAGGUCAUGGGUUCGAUCCCAACCCUGACGCCUGUAUAUUUGGAGUUUGGAUGUUCUCCCCGUGGUCGCGUGGAUUUUUCUCCAGGUCCUCCGGUUUUUACCUCCAAAUUUAUAAACAUAGAUUUAGAAUAUUUGGCUGCUAUAGAUUUUCACAUGAUAAGCAACUUCGCUUAAUUAUAGUUUGUGAUAGCCAGUUCGCUUCUGAAAAGAGCUAUAUAGCUCAGUGGGGCCUUGCCUUGUAAAAUAAAAAAUAGUUUUGUUUAGAAAUCCAGGAACAGAUUCUCUUAGGCCGUGGUUUUGGAGUUCUUGUGUUCCCCGUUCAGUGGUUUGCGUUCUGACAGUGGGGACCAUUGAGAGUUUGCGAAACUAUUGUGCACAAUUUUCACGUUUACAUUUUGUUCUUGCUCAAUUAUGAGACGUGUGCGCACACAGGCACUGACGUUGUAAUUGGAAGCACGUGUUUGCAGUUUAAGUUGUCAGAAAAUGUUACCGAUUUCGACAGUGGAAAUGGAAAAAAUUAAAUCAAAUCUUAACCGCUCUAAAUCUAACCUGUAACCUAACACCAAUUUGAUUAUUUUGCUUAUAAUCCUUAGCCGCUAAGCUAUUGCCUCAUCUGCAGCAUCUUAAAAUGUAACCAUCUCUGUUCCCUCAAGUCUAAUCUGCAUUGCUUAUUGAACCACGUUCCCUUAUUAACAGCCUCAUCUACAAACUCUAACCCCUUCUAGAUUUGAAGCUUUCGUGACUGCAAGGAUUCAUACUCUUUGGUUUUAUUCGGUAAAGUCACGUAGGUAAAACGAAUUAAAAUAAAAUAAACAAUUGUUUAUUUUAUUGUUUAUUUUAUUUUAAUUUGUUUUACCUACGUGACUUUACCGAAUAAAACCAAAGAGUAUAAACUCUAACCCCACAACCCAAAUCUUGAAACCAUAACCAUUGGCAUUUGAUGCCUUCAGUUGGAGGGGAAACUAAAAACUCCCAUCUGGUUAUUUCCAGUCCCGCGCGACGUGUGAAGUAACAUUGAUUGACGUUUAUAACUGUUCAGGCAAACUGUGAUGACGACCAUAAAGGUUUUUUGGGGUUAUAUCACGUAAAUAUAAAUGUGUCGUGAAACCCGCCACCACCUAACACAGCCAAUUAGUAAGGUUUGUCAAGUUAACAAAUCGUGCCAUCAGUUACUGCUUCAGCACACCGGCGUGUUGGAGAGUAAACCCACAACAUUUAUAAUUCGAGUACAAAGUUUUGCUGGCCAUUACAACUAGUCUCAUCAGGCGAUUAGGCAGAAUUGUGAAAAAGUACUCCUGUUUUGGUCUUCCUAAUUGGCUGUGUUGGAUCGUGGCAUUUUUAAUGACACAUUUAUAUUUACACGAUCUAACCCAAAAAAAAACCUUUACUAUAGAUAUUUGUCUCGAAAAGCCUACGUGUUAAACUGUGAUGGCGACGAUGGUGAUGCUGCUGCACCAGUGUUGGGCUCCCACCAGCCCGGUUAUCCCUGGUGUAGCUGCGUGGGCGGUGCGCGCCCAUCUGAUGGAGAGAGCGUCGCUGACGACACCACUGCCAGCGCAUUCCAGCGAUCAAAUUAAUCCACCUGCGCUUGCUGUCACUUGAGGGCUGGAAAACCUGCGGUGGACUCUUGUGGCUUCUCUAACCGAAGCCGUGAGCCACCGAUAUCCUUAACCAUAACCAAACCCACCAGCCCAACUGCAGAACUUGAGCCCCAAUCUCGAAAACGUGAGUCUAACCAGACUCAACACCUUUAUCCCAUAACCCUAACCCAUAACACAAAUCCCAUAACUCCAUAUCUAAAUCCAUAACCCUAACCCAAACUCACCAGCCUAACCAAAAUUAUCUGCAUUAUUAAUACUCAAGAUCUAAUCAUAACCCCCUGCAACCUUCUACGUUAACCUUACCUCUAGCCCAGAACCCAAAAUCCUAACCCACAGCAGCAGCGCAAGGCUAUGCGCAGUGGAGGUCGGGAGAGAAUGCAUGUCUUAACUCGGGCUGUGCAGGUGGGUGGGGGGCUGGGGGCUUUACAAGGGACCAAGUCAUUAGUGGACAUUCCUUGCUCUUCAGAAGACGCAACUACUGUUUACUUUCAAAGAGUGCUGCUCGAUUUAUGAGAGCUGCGCUACCCAGUUACCCAGGUGAUCGAUUUACUCUGCCGGUUAUCGGAUCAAUUAUUCAAAUAAUCUGACCACACAAAUGGUUUUGGAAGGGCAAAAAUGUCUCGCCUCUACUGCCACGUGUGUUGCGCCAUGCUGGAGGUGGUUAGCAGGGUGGGUGGGGUUCCUGCAUGAUGGGACAGAAUUCUGGUUCGAGACUUUCAGUUGGGAGGGAUAAGAUAAAUGUGAAUCACGCCAUCAAAUAAAUACUGCGCAUAUCGUAAUAGUUGCGGGCAGCUCCUGCAUGCCGGCAUGGCAGCAUACAAGCUCAGGUGUUUUUUUAAUAAGGGGGAUUCAUUCAAUAGCAGCAACUUACUUUUGUGUUGUUAAUUGUUAAGACUUAUCAUUUUGAUGUGGUAGUGGUGUAAUUGUGGGAAAUAGUUUUGCUCCAGGUAUAGGAUCACAAUCGUGGCACUUAUUUGUAUGGCGCAUGAAUGCGUACGAGACUUUUAUUUUCCUUAUGGUGAAAUAUUUUACCCUUUGCA